AUGAGCAAUAUUGAGCAAAGUCUCAACUUUUUUAUUCGAAACGGGUUCAAUGUUCAUCCCCAUUUCUAUAACUGUACUGGUGUUGAUGGUUUUGCAAUUGGACAGCCGAGAGAGUUUAUUGGAGUGUAUUUUCUCAUCAUGGGAAUUAUUUUACUGAUGAUCUACAUCCCAUGUCUCAUAGUCAUUAGUAGAAGUGAUUUGAUGAAGUCUUCCUGUUACAAAAUUAUGGUCUGGCUUGGAUUUCUGGAUAUUGGAUGCAUUUUGACCAAUUCUAUUGCUACCGGCUUUCUAGGAAUAAUGGGAGCAACAUUUUGCUCUUAUCCCAAAUUUAUUUUCCUGAUGGGCUCACUUGGAUGUGGAUGUUGGAUGGGAUCCUGUGCUACUUGUAUUCUCCUUGGAAUCAAUCGAUGUUGUGAUGUUAAUCAACAUCUCCGAAUCCGCACCAUAUUCAUCGGGAGGAAAAUGUAUUUCACUGUAGCCAUUCCCAUCUUGUAUACGAUUUAUUCAAUUUUCUUCACAAAACCACUGCUUUUCAACUCGAACUACAUGAGUUGGUUCUUCAAUCCAAUGAUUCCUGGCAACGAGGCACCCAAUUACAUAAAUAUCUCCCAUACUGUUAACAAUUGUGUGGUCUCCUUGGCAACUACAGCGAUAUACUCUUAUCUUUGUGUUAUAUUGUUUGCAAAAAGCAAACAUUUCCGAUCAGAGUCCAUUUCGAGAACUCAGACUCAGAUCUUCUUCCAAUCCGUCCUAAUUUGCUCUUUCAAUGCAAUCGCUGCCUACAUCUAUGUCUACAUGCAAUUCUUCUAUUCUCCCCCAGCGGUUGUGCUCAUUGGGCAACUGGCAUGGCAGUGUGCUCACGGGUCCGUUUGCAUCGUGUACAUCACAAUGAACAAGACCGUCCGAAUUGGAUUUAUUGACUUUAUAGUGCCACGUUCAAUUCGAGAUAGAGUAGGAUCCAACAGAACAACAGCUACACUUCGUCCAGUACUCAGAGUUGUCGGAAUUGAUGCAAAGUUGACCACGAAAACUGGAAGUUCUGGAGCUGUAUUUUGA